AUGGAGUCGGUUGCCUCCAAUUCACCAUCAUCGAACAACCACCAGCCUCCCUUGCGGUUUAGACCUAUCCAACCUAUAGCAGACCGGAUAGUGAGAGCCCUCCGACACCACCUCCGCCUCCUCCACCGCUCAGAUCAAUCCAAAUUUUUUGUCUUGGGUGCCACUGGAAAUGUGUAUAUUGUGACAUUGUCUACUACCUCUUCAUGCACAUGUCCUGACCGCACAUCUCCAUGCAAACACAUUUUGUUUGUCUUCAUUCGAGUAUUGGGGGUUUCUCUAGACGAUGCUUGUCUUCGUAGGAAGACUCUUCGGCCAUGCCAACUCAAUCGUCUACUUGGUGCACCUAUAUUACCCGAAGCACUUGCAGGAGCCAGGGUUCGCGAGAGAUUCCAUCAACUAUUCUUUCAAUUUAGGCAGGGCUCUUCGCAACCGGUCGUUGAGAUAGAAGAUGGUACUACCUGUCCAAUUUGCUUGGAAGAGAUGGAAAAAUGUGAGAAUGUGGUAACAUGUGGGACUUGUCAGAAUCCAAUACAUGAAGAAUGCUUAUUGAAAUGGAAGAGGAGUAGGGGAAGAAGGUCUGUUACUUGCGUUAUAUGUCGGGCAAGGUGGAGAGAUGGGGCAGAUCAGGAAAAGUACUUGAACUUGGCUGCUUAUGCAAACCAGGAUGAUCCACCAACUGCUGAGGGCAAUGAAGGCUGUGGUGGUUAA